AUGCUGGACCCCGAGAAGGGCAGGGUGGAGAAGUCGGACACGUCGAGCCCAGAGACGCCAGCAGCUGCAAAGAAGGAGGAGAAGAACAAGGCGGCCGACGCGGCCGCGUUCGCCUUCUGCUUCGUCGGGCUGCAGGUCUCCUACCUCACCUGGGGCUUUGUGCAGGAGAAGGUCAUGACCAAGGAGUACACGACUGGCAAGUUUCCGUCAGCCACGUUCUGCGUCUUCUCGAACCGGGUGCUGGCCAUCGUGGUGGCGAUGGCGGCGAUGGGCAUCCAGCACCGCUCGCUCAAGAUCCCCGCUCCCUUCUACGCCUUUGCCCCCUGCUCCAUCUCAAACACCCUCUCCUCCUACGGGCAGUACGAGGCGCGCUCUCCCGCGAGGCCCGCACCCGGGUGGGCCGCCGCCAGCGUCGUCUUUGCGACGCUCUUCUACCGCGUCUACAGGUCCCAAUUAAUGAUUAAUGCAGAGAAGUAG